AUGCAUCGCCUCGCCAGCGUCGGCAGAACGGGCCGCUGGCUUGUGCACGGCCUCGCCAGCGAGCUCACCUCCAAUCUACUCCCGGGCCGCGCUGCGCCGCCGCCACUCUCUCCCUCCCAGGGUGGCCUCGCCGUGGUCACCGGCGCUACUGGUGGCAUCGGAGAGGAGGUCUGCCGUGGCCUCGCUGAGCGGGGCUUUGAGGUGUGCUGCGCCGCGCGCGACCGGCGGCGUGGGGAGGCGCUGGCGGCAUCCAUCCGCGAGGGCGGCGGCUGUGCGUUUUACGUGGACUUGGACCUGGAGGAGAGGCGGCCGGCGGAGCGGCUCGCUCGGGUGUUGCGCGGCCGGCGCGUGCGGCUGCUCGUCAACAACGCCGGCAGCAUGGGCGGGUCGGUCGGGGUGACGCUGCGCGUCAACCUCUGCGCGCCCGCCUCGUUGGCGGUCGCCCUCUGGCCCCGCCUCGGUGCCGAGGGUCGCGUGGUCAACGUGGGGUCGUCGAGCCACCUGCGGGCGGCGGGCGUCAGCCUGUCCGCAACCGACGCGGCCAUCGACCGCGGCCUGCGUGCGUACGCGCAGAGCAAGCUCGGGUUGAUGCACGUGUCGCUGCUCUUGCGCGCCGCGAGCGCCGCGAGCGGGGGCCCGGCGGUGAGGGACUGCCACCCAGGGGUCGUCUGGACGCCGAUGCUGCGCAGGCAGCUCGGCGCGCCCCUCUGCCGCCUGCUCGAGGCCUCGGGCGCCUCGCGCCGCCUCUUCCGCACGCCGCAGCAGGGCGCCGCAACGGUCCUGUGGGCGGCGCUCUCGGACGAAGGCCACGGAGGCGGGGGAGGGGUGCGUGCGUGGCGGAGCGAGUACUUCGUCGACUGCCGGCGGGACGACGCGGCGGCCUCGCCCGAGAGCAGAGACCUCGCGGCCGCGCGGCAGUCGUGGCGCUGGCUCGUCGAGGCGGAGCCGGAGCUGGCGAGGCGCGCGGCGGCUGAGCGAGGGCUCGCCCGCGCGAUCGCCGAGGCGGAGGCCAAUAGCAGGCAAACCGGAUAG